GCACAUAAUGUAAGCUUUGCUGUGGACAUCCAUGAGACAAAACUAGAUUCUGUAUCUUCAAAGGAGGAUUUUGAAAACUUCCAAAGCUGUCUGGUUUCAGAAGCCAGUUGCAGUGUAGAUGGAGGCUUAGACACAGUUGAAAUGGCCUUUAGAGGAGAAAGCAGCGGAAGCAGAGUCACAACACAUGAGGAUACAGAAGAAGCUGGGCAGACGAAGUCUUUGAUGAGGAACCACUGGGCUGCUGCCACUUUGCGGGUUUUGUCUUCAAUGCCCAGUUGUUCAUUGAGACAGAAUAGGGCAGCUACCAACACACAGUGCCAGCAGCGAGAGGCCCACUCCCAGGAGUCCAGAGCUAGCAAUGUCAUGGAAUUACUGCUUCAGGAUUCCUCCCCUGAGGAGCCCCAGAGACAGACUCUUUUGAAGAACCUGAUGUCUUUAUCAGCUGGAGAGCGUGCACAUCACCUGCGUAAUACGCCUUUAAGUUUGUCUGAGAAAUGUGAACUCAGAGUGCUGACUUGUCCUGAGAGAGAUAAGGCUCACAUUACAAUGAAAAUGACAAUAACUUGUCUUGUAAAGACCCUGUACAGUGGCUGGCAGGGUGUUCUUUCCCUGCUCAUUUAUUUGCAUAUUUGGCAGGGGGCACUGAAGCAGGUGAGCAGCCGUUUUGGAACUGGAGUGCUCUCUUAUUUUCUCUUCCUCCGGACCCUCCUUCUCUAUAACAUAUUCCUCUCUGUCAUCGUCAUCCUCUUCCUGGUCCUACCACAAGUAAUUCAUGGCUCAUCUCAAAGUCCCAACAGUAUCAGUUUCACUGGCUUUGACAUUCUUACUGGCACAGGUGUGCUCACUAACUCUUUACUGUUUUAUGGAUACUAUAACUAUACAGAAGACAAAAGCUGUCAACAAGGAAACAAAAGUGGAUCGUAUAUGGCAGGACCAUACAAUAUACAGCUGGCAUAUUUACUCAUCAUUGGAAUAGGUCUCAUUGUCACUUGCAUAGCGCUUGUAUACAGUGUGUCCAAAAUGUUAGGGGAAAAUUUUCAGAAUUUCAAGUCUCAUGGGAACAUAGCUUUGAAGGUUUUCAGUUGCUGGGAUUUUAAAGUUAGCAAGAAGACAUCAGCUAAACUGCAGUCAGAGAACAUCUGUACACAACUAAAGGAGUUACUUUGUGAACUUGGCUGUGAUAAGCCGAAGCAAAACGCCUUGUUCAGGCUGCACCGGUUAGCUACUCACUGCUUCGCAUGGGUUGCUUGUUUGGGCAGCACUUCUUGCUCUGUGCUUGCAAUCUACUACAUGUCUACAGAGUGCAAACAUGGAAAUUCUGCAAAGGAUGACAAGUUGUUGGAAUUUCCUUUUCUAGUUUGCUGUGUGAAUCAUCUGCUACCUACUGUUUUCAACAUGGUUGCAUGUUUGGAGAGCUAUGAUUCAAUUAUUGUUUGUAUCUAUGUUUCUAUAACAAGAAAUUUGUUGUUUAAAGUGAGUUCUAUGGUUGUUCUUUGUUACCAUUGGCUGAACAUCACUGCUACACAGCACAAUGAUUGUUUCCAUUUUCAUGAGCAGUGCUGGGAGACAUUUGUUGGACAGGAGCUUUAUCGCUUCCUGUUAAUGGAUAUGGUAUUUGCUGUGCUGUACACUAUCUUUGGAGAGUUUGUUUGGAGAUUGAUCUCGCAGGAAGUGUUGAAAAGAAAGAGAAAGCCAAUUUUUGAUAUUGCACGGAAUGUUUUGGAUCUCAUUCAUGGUCAGACACUUGCUUGGCUUGGAGUGCUGUUUAUGCCACUGCUGCCAGCAAUUCAGUCUGUAAAACUAUUAUUUUUAUUUUACAUGAAAAGGGUCAGUUUGCUGAAUAACUGCCAGGCACCCAGGAAGUCAUGGAGGGCCUCACAGAUGAGUAGUUUCUUCAUGUUGCUCCUCUGGUGUCCCUCAUUUCUUGGAGCUGCUGCAUGUGUUGUAUAUACUAUGUGGAGGAGCAAGCCAUCAUCAACCUGUGGGCCUUUCAGGACUCUGCCAAAUAUGUUCCCCUCAGUCAGGGGGUUGAGCAGUAACUGGCUCAGCUGGGCAUAUACCUGCUUGGUAGACAACCCCCUCUUCCUCUUCAUCACAGCAGGGUUCUUCUUACUCCUUAUUUACAUUCAUACUCAAGCUGUGGAUGGGCAAAAAAGAAUAAUAGCCUUACUUCAGGAGCAGAUUGAAAAUGAGAGUGAAGAUAAGAAGUUCCUCAUAGCCAAAUUGCAGGAACUCUGUGACCAGGAAGAACAUUCAUGAGAUAAAUGUGAUAAGAUACUUAAUGUAGGUCCAUCAAUCUUGAAGGUUAAGGGUUUUUUAAAACAGAUUUUGCAGAAACAAUAAUACCUUUAUAUUCAACUGAAGCAGCAGGUUCUGCAGUCAAAAUAUAACAUUGAGAUCAGCUUCAUGUCACCCAAUUGGCUGUCCUAAUAAAUUGUCUUGGUGAAUUCCCUAAUAAAGUGUGUGUGUGUGUGCGUGCGUGUGCGUGUGCGUGUGCGUGUGUAUGCGCGCAUGUGAUGGAUGGUAUAGUCCUCUUUUCCUUCCCUGCACCUGAUUCAGUCCCUAUGUGGUCUGAGGCUUCUGGUUGAGAGUAUGUUGUAUGCAAUUGACUGCUUUUUCUCACUGGUGUGUGACUGCAUGUAUAAACUGCCUAUGUUAAUUAUAAAGUGACCUUGGGUUCCUUGAAAGGUGGUAUAUAAAUAUAACCUCAUUCAUUCAUAAAUAUAAAGCCAUUGAUAAAUGGAAUAGCAUUUUUGGAAUGUAUUUUUAAAUAAAUGUCUUCCUCACUGUGUUUUAA